AGAAGAAAAUCACGACUCCGCCCAUGUUGCCUCCUGCACUUCUGGUCUUUGGCCCUCCCUGGCCGGACAAUUGGCAGCGGCAGUGAAACACAUUUAUUUGUAUUUAUUUAUUUUUCCUACCGGGCAGCCAUGUCGACCCACGAUUCGGCCAACAUGAAGCUUCCAGCCAUACAGUCCACGGCCGGAGCUGUGCCUGUCCGGAAUGAGAAAGGUGAGCUCUCCAUGGAGAAGGUGAAGGUGAAGAGAUAUGUAUCAGGUAAACGUCCAGACUAUGCACCGAUGGAGUCAUCAGAUGAGGAAGAAGAGGACUUCCAGUUUGUAAAGAAAGAAAAAGAAACUGAACCUGAGAUCGAACAGGAGGAGGAGGACGAUGUUUCUGACCCACGUUUAAAGCGUUUGCUCAACCGUGUCUCUGAGGAUGUAGAGGAGAGAAUUGCAAGACAUCGACAGAUUGUGGAGCCUGAGGUUGUAGAGGAGAGCAGCGAAGACUCUGAUGAAGGGACGUGGCAUCCACAACGUGAGGAGAGCAGUGAGGACGAAGAAGAAGAGGAGGAGGAAGAAGUUGAUGAUGAGGAAAUUGAGAGGCGGCGAGCAAUGAUGCGGCAGCGGGCUAUAGAACGCAAGACUGAUGAGAUGGAGGUCAUGGAGGUGGAGGAGGAAGGGAAGUCUGGGGAGGAGUCGGAGUCUGAGUCUGAAUAUGAAGAAUAUACAGACAGUGAAGAUGAAGCAGAGCCACGACUCAAACCCGUUUUCAUUCGCAAAAAGGACAGAGUGACGGUGGCAGAGCGAGAGGUAGAGCUGCAGAAGCAGAGAGAGCUGGAGGCUGAGGCCAAGAGGCAGCAAGAAGAGCGACGGCGUUACACCCUAAAGAUAGUAGAAGAGGAGGCCAAGAAGGAGUUUGAGGAAAACCGUCGCACCCUCGCCGCUUUAGAUGAUCUCGACACCGACGGUGAGAAUGAGGAAGAGGAGUAUGAAUCCUGGAAAAUCCGUGAACUGAAACGAAUCAAGAAGGACAGAGAAGCUCGAGAAGCAAUGGAGAAGGAGAAGGCUGAAAUCGACAGAUUCCAUAAUUUGAAAGAUGAGGAACGCAGGGCAGAGCUGCGCAACAAUGGCAAAGUUGUCACCAACAAAGCAUCCAAAGGCAAAUAUAAGUUCCUUCAAAAGUACUUCCACAGAGGAGCCUUCUUCAUGGAUGAAGAGGAAGAUGUGUACAAGAGAGAUUUCAGUGCACCAACUCUGGAGGAUCACUUCAACAAAACCAUCUUACCCAAAGUCAUGCAGGUCAAAAACUUUGGGCGGUCUGGACGAACCAAAUACACCCAUCUGGUGGACCAGGACACCACGUCGUUUGACUCCGCUUGGGCUCAGGAGACCGCUCAGAACAGCAAAUUCUUCAAGCAGAAGGCAGCAGGAGUGAGAGACGUGUUUGACAGGCCCACAGUUAAGAGGAAGAAGACAUAAGAUGUGUUUUGCUCCCUCUGCUGGACAAUACCUUAUAUGCAGGUCUGCUCAAAAUAUGACACUGAUCACGACAACAACCUAUAGAUUGAUUUUAACCAUUCUUUUUGUGGGCGGGAUUAAUUACACAAUAUACAUCUUUAAAGAUGUAGAUGUCUCACACGGUGUAAAUGAGAAAAGAACCUCCUUUAAUAAAUACUGUUUAAGAACAGAACUGUAUGUUGUAUAUUCAAAUCCUUGCUGGCAAAAGAGUGGUUAAAAUCAAUCAAAGUCAAAGUGAAUAAGAUGGUGAGGACUGUAUUUAUCUUCUGACUGCAACUGUAGGGAAAUGUACUGAUACAGGUCGGAUCUUUUUGAUCCUUGUUAAAGACUUGAGUCAAAAUGUUUGAAAAACCAACUUAAAUAUGAGUUCCAAUAGUUUUCUUUCUUUUUUGAGUAAUUGUCUCAGAUGAAACAUGCUCAAAACUGUCAUUCACGUUGGUGUUGUCUGUUGUACAGAACUCUUUUUUUUUUUUACAUUUGUACUUAAUAUGGAGCUACAGCUCAGCAAAUUAGAAUACUGUGGGGAAACAAUUUAUCUCAACAGUUGAACUAAAAAAGUUGUGUGAUUAAAAUGUAAUUACCUAUUUUAAAA